UGUUCUGGAAAAGCUAAACAGUAGUUGAUCCGUGGACUUGAUUGGAAAACAGUACUAUUUUGAAACGAGGCUUGGUUUCCUGUGUCAGUAACCUGUGUAGAGGGAACACACGGAGUCUGUAUCUGGAUUUUGGAGUCAUAGUUUGGCUACAGCUUGGAUUGUCUCCACAUUAGCAGAGCAGCCAGGGGAGAAAUAACAACAUGUCUGCUGGCAGGCUGUGGUCUGGCCUGCUGCUCCUGCUGUCUUUUUUCUGCUCUAGAAGUUCAGCUUGUGGCCUCUCAACACAUGUAGAAAUAGGACAUAGGGCUCUGGAGUUUCUUCAGCUUCAAGAUGGACUCAUUAACUACAAAGAGCUACUCUUAGAACACCAGGACGCCUAUCAGGCUGGGACGGUGUUUCCUGAUGCCUUUUACCCUAGCAUCUGCAAAAGAGGAAAAUACCAUGAUGUAUCUGAGAGGACUCACUGGACUCCCUUUCUUAAUGCUAGCAUUCAUUACAUUCGGGAGAACUACCCUCUGCCCUGGGAGAAGGACACAGAGAAGUUGGUGGCUUUCUUGUUUGGAAUCACCUCACACAUGGUUGCUGAUGUCAGCUGGCACAGCCUGGGUAUUGAACAAGGAUUCCUCAGGACGAUGGGAGCCAUUGACUUUCAGGACUCCUAUUCUGAGGCUCAUUCAGCUGGUGAUUUUGGAGGAGAUGUGCUGAGCCAAUUUGAAUUUAAUUUUAACUACCUCUCCCGGCGCUGGUACGUGCCCAUCAAAGAUCUUCUGAGAAUUUACGAUAAUCUCUAUGGUCGAAAAGCCAUCCCCGAAAAUGUCAUUGUUGACUGCACAUACCUUCAGUUCUUGGAAAUGCACGGGGAGAUGUUAGCUGUUUCCAAGCUCUAUUCCACAUACUCUACCAAGUCCCCAUUUCUGGUGGAGCAGUUUCAAGAGUAUUUCCUCGGAGGACUGGAUGACAUGGCGUUCUGGUCCACGAACAUCUACCGUCUGACCAGCUUUAUGCUGGAGAACGGGACCAGUGACUGCCACCUGCCUGAGAACCCUCUGUUUAUCACCUGUGACGGCCGGAGGAACCACACCCUCGGCUCAAAAGUGCAGAAAAAUGAUUAUCACAGGAAUCUGGCCUUGUUCAUAAGAAAAGAUAUCAGGAAAAACCUGAACUACACAGAAAGAGGCGUUUUCUACAGCACAGGCUCCUGGGCCCCGGAAUCCGUAACCUUCAUGUACCAGACUCUGGAGAGGAACCUGAGGACGAUGUUCAUGGGCAGCUCCGAGACUCAUCUAAAGCAUGUCUCCAGCCCCUCUGCCUCCUACUUCCUGUCUGUCCCCUAUGCCAGGCUCGGCUGGGUCAUGGCCUCAGCUGACCUCAACCAGGACGGGCACAGUGACCUCGUGGUGGGGGCACCGGGCUACAGCCACCCUGGCCGCUUCCAGAUUGGGCGGGUAUACAUCAUCUAUGGCAACGAUCUGGGCCUGCCCCCCAUUGACCUAGACCUAGACAAGGAGGCCCACGGGAUCCUGCAGGGCUUCCAGCCUUCAGGUCGCUUUGGCUCAGCUUUGGCCGUGCUGGACUUCAACAAGGAUGGACUGCCUGACUUGGCUGUGGGUGCCCCCUCCGUGGGCUCGGGGCAGCUCACCUACAACGGUGCGGUGUAUGUCUACUAUGGUUCCCAGCAAGGGAGGCUGGCUUCUUCCCCUAAUGUCACCAUCUCCUGCAAGGACACCUACUGUAACCUGGGCUGGACCCUCCUGGCAGCAGAUGUGGAUGGAGAUGGCCAACCCGACCUGGUGAUCAGCUCACCCUUCGCACCUGGCGGAGGGAAGCAGAGAGGGAUGGUGGCUGCCUUUUAUUCACACCCCAGACAGAGUGACCAAGAAACACUGACGGCAGAGGAAGCUGACUGGAAGGUGAACGGUGAGGAGGACUACUCUUGGUUUGGAUACUCCCUUCAUGGGGUUACAGUGACAAACAGAACCCUGCUGCUGGUUGGGAGCCCGACCUGGAAGAAUGUCAGCAGGUUGGCACGCUCAAGCCACAGGAACCAUGAGAAAAACAGCCUGGGAAGGGUGUACGGCUACUUUCCACCGAACUCCCAGAGUGCAAUCACUAUCUCAGGAGAUAAGGCAGUGGGAAAGCUGGGCACCUCCCUGUCAAGUGGCCAUGUGAGGCUGAACGGGACCCUAACACAAGUGCUGUUGGUUGGAGCCCCGACUCGUGAUGACGUGUCUAAAAUGGCAUUCCUAACCAUGACCCUGCACCAGGGUGGAGCCACUCGGAUGUACGAGCUAGCCCUGGAGAGGACACAGCCUGCUCUGCUCAGCACCUUCAGCGGAGACCGGCGCUUUUCUCGGUUUGGUAGCGUUCUACACCUGACUGACCUGGAUGAUGAUGGCUUAGAUGAAAUCAUCAUGGCUGCCCCACUGAGGAUAACAGACGUUACUUCUGGACUGCUAGGAGGAGAAGAUGGGCGAGUUUACAUUUAUAAUGGCAAGCACACCACCCUGGGUGACAUGACAGGCAAAUGCAAAUCCUGGAUGACUCCAUGUCCAGAGGAGAAGGCACAGUAUGUAUUGAUUUCUCCUGAGGCAAGUUCAAGGUUUGGGAGCUCGCUGGUCUCUGUGAGGUCCAAGGAAAGGAACCAAGUAGUUGUCGCUGCUGGAAGAAGUUCUUGGGGAGCCCGGCUCUCCGGGGCACUUCACGUCUACAGCCUCGGCUCAGACUGAAGAGGUCACUCCACUCUCCUAUUCCGCCCCUCCUCUCUUGGCCCAAGUCAGCUCCAGGGUGGACAAAGUAUCCCUCCAGUGGAGUUGUGGCGAAACCUGACAGAGGUGGGGCUCCUGGGACAGACAUACUGACAGCCAAGUUAUUUGGAAAUAUGGUCAGCUAUGUGUGGACACCGGAUGGGGAGCGGCAGGCACUUUGCAUCUUCUAAAAAACGCUUUUGCAUCUUCUCUGAGCUUCCUGCCUGUGCUUGGAACUGUAACAAAUACUCAUCUCUCUCUUGCCUAGAAAGGGUGCAGUUAGCUCUCAACACAGUCUCUAUAUAAUUGAUCUUUUAAAAAUCCUUGUUAGUGAUGGCUGGUCCUAUUUGGAUCUUAAAUGUGCCUCAAAAUUCCCAUGUUGAAGGCUUGGCCCCCAACUGAAGGAGGGUGGAAAUUUUGGAGUGGGACCUUGUUGGAGGAAGUUAUGCCAUUGGGGUGUAUCAGGACCCCAAGUCCUUCCUUCCUUGUCUCUGUUUCCCAGCUGCCAUGAAAUGAACAGCUCUCCUCUGCCAUGAUGCACUGCUUCUUCCCCAGCCCCAAAGCAACAGGGUAAAAGCACCCUGGAGCUAACAUGGCUGAAACUGUGAGCCAAAAUAAACAUUUCCUCUUUAGAAGCUGUUUCUCGUGGGCAUUUUGUCAUACUGACGGCACAGUACACAGUGAAAACAC